UAGAUGAACAAGAGGAACAUUGGCACCCCGUGCAGAAUUUUUCAGAAUUAUUGUCUGCUCAGCAAACUUGCCAAAACUCUUUCAGUUUCUCAAGUAAUAUAUCCAGGAGAGAUGAUGAACAUUUGGCAUCUCCUACACAUGGAGGUAUCACUGACAACCCCAAGUCUUUGAGAUGUUUUUCUCAACAGAUUCCAAAUAACCAUGACACUCACAAUUCUGAAAUAUUCUGUCCAGAAAUAUUUUUUCCAUGGCAAAGGCAAGAUAACAAACAUACUAUCCACUUGGAUGCAGAUGAUUUGUGCACGAGUUAUCGUACAAAUGAUGCUAACUAUCCAACAUUUUGUCCUCAAACAGAGCCUAAUGGACACUGGCAAAAUUUAACAUAUUUGCCACCACAAUCUAAUUUAUCUCAAAACUCAACCCCAAAAAUACCACAAAAUGCAGUCAGAAAUCACAAUGUCAUAUAUCCCAGUGACUUUGACUCUGACUGUGUAGCAGCAAAUAACUGUGACCGAUUCUCACUAAGCCAGUUUAGAAUGAACAAUAAGCCAGCUACUCAAGGAACAGCUUCAAGGAUCAAACCUUGGUUCCCAAACACUGCAAGUUCUAACAUUCAGGAUCUGAACAUGUACAGGAAUCCAAUGCACAUGAUUCCCAACAAAAUAAUGCCAAACAAAAUGGACCAUAGGCAAGGACAAUCUUUUACUCAAGAAUCGAUUGCUGCUGCUCACAAUCUUUUGCAUGGAUCAUCUCAAGAUUUCUUCCGUGAUAGACAAAAGCUUUCUGGAUUUUGGGGUUAUCCACAUCGUGUUAGCAUUGGGCUAGCACAGCCACUAAGACGAAACACACCAGAUGAGAGGAAAAAUGAACCACAAGAAUCAGCACAGACAACUUCCCCUAGUCAACAUGAAUCACAGCAGCAGCAAAACAGCUCACCACCAAUUGAUAUUACAGACAUAGACUCAGCUGGAAACAGAAAGAUCAACAAGAAAAAGCCAGGUUAUGUACCCAUGAAGAAACUGAAGAAAUGGUCACAUCAGUGUGCAUCUCUGGAGGCCAGUGAUCCAGGUGCUAAUGGAGCUGAUAAUGACCACUUAAUGGCAAAGAGAAAGCCCCAAGAAGCACGACUUACUUAUCAACCGGUGCCUGGGGCAGGGGGACAGACCAAAUUGGUAUUUCACUAAACAAGGGUUAACUAUUAAUCACAGGUACAGAUAUAUGAAUAUCAAAGUGUGAGUCAUUGAAUUAUGAACAUUUGUUUGGAUGACAAAACAAAUGAGUUCUUUGAUGUAUUUAUUAUGCUAUAUGUUUACUUGAUUUUUCAUAUUUGUGUCAACAAACUGUAAUUUCAAAGUUGGCAGUUUGGUUCACAACAUUGCUGAAUGCUUUUGUGUGGCUAGAGUGUGGUAACUUACAAUAAUUAGGUAUCAUCUAAAAUGCACAUGAACAUGAUGUACAUU